AUGGAUGCCUUGGUUUUGACACUCUACAAGAAGAUUGACUCUCACUUGGAUACGCCUUGGUUGUUUGUCAUGAUCAAAAGGAGUCAUUGGGGCCUGGUAGCGGUAGCACACAUAGAGUGGCAGAGAGCUGGUGACCAAACAGAUUAUACAUAUAGCAGUUAUAUCACAAACAGCAGCCAUGAAUGUCCAGGUAGCUACUCGUCGACAACGGACAGCCGCAAUCCAAAACCGCUCGGCGCGCUUAGGGCGCUCGAAACCCAGGGACUACGACGGUCGUCGAAAGAAAAGAGCCGCCUAACUGUCGACAGAAGCAAUAGCGGCAGCAACAACGCCAGUACCGGAUGGCGAAAACAACGAGUGGCCAAGGCCGAGGCCGGCCAAAGCCCAAACUGUACCAUUUGCAAGGGCAUGCUGCCCGUGGGCCUGCUCAAUGCGAGAGACGACAUGGUCUUUGGUCCGUCCGCAUAUGUCUUGAGCUGCGGACACAUGUUUCACGACCAAUGUCUGGAAAGACACUUCAAGACGGCCAGCGAGGAGGGCCGCAAGCUGUCGUGUAAAGCCUGCGAAGCCGUCAUGGAGUGCGACCACUGUGGUACGAAGGCUCGGGUGCUGGAGCUCCCCAAACUCAUUGAGAACGAAGAUGACCUCGACGACGUCCCGAUGACGAUCCCCGAAGGAGGCUACUUGCCGCCCAAGUGCCUGCGAUGCAGGUCCAGUGACAGUUGGAUGGCUGAUCGAGGGGAGCAAGAGGUGAUUAAGAUGCUUUCCAUGGUACCUUCAAGGAAUGGUAAGUCUGAGCCGGGAGACGUGGCAGUGCGGAAGCAGCUUGGCGUCUUCAUAGACGCCGAGGAGAAGAAGAACAAAGGCAAGAUGCCGGAAAUCAACGAGAUACGGGAGAUUGCUGAGCGGGAAUUGGAGGUUGCACAUGAGGGCGAUUGGCUUUGGGGCGAGAUUUUUGAAUAUGACGAGGCAUGGUAUUAUGCAGAAAUCUGGAAAAUGACUGGUAGAGAAGGAGUGGCUGCCUGUUAA